UAAUAAUCAUCAAAUUCAUCUCAUGGCGAAGUACUUUCUAAAAGGACCUAGUUCCUUUCUAACCGACAGUUCAUGUGCAAAGCAUAGAAACCUAUUCAUUUGCAGCAAUUCACAGUUAAAACCAUUGGGAAAGUGUAUUCAACAGUUACUUAAUGGAGAGUCAGCACAUUGUCCGAUGGAAAGGGUUUAUGGCCGUAACAUCAUAAGAAUUGCUCGGGACACGAACGGGAGCUACACACCAAAUUUUCGAUUUCUCAUCCAGCAAUAUGAAUUACUGAGAUGCAACCAGCAAAUUUUAGUUCACUGAAACAUCAGUAAUGGUAACUGAUGAAUCAGCAAUGAUUUCAAUUGCUGGUUACCAGCAAUCCAUGUGUCAAACACUUAAAGUUUCCCCGGGAAUUAUUUGUAUUUGUAUUUGUAUUUGUAUUACUUCCAUCGGACAACAAUGCUACCUGAACGAUAAACUAAAUACCCAGUCAUCGGUUCAAGUGGAUGAUACGUCGGAUAAUUUAUCUUCACAAGUUCAACUGCUCGCCGAUGCCGUUGGUAAAUUGACCAAGAAGGUUGAUGUGUUGUCGUCUGGUCAACUCGGUGGAAAUCAAGUGAAUCAAUCGAUUACGCCUUCAUUUCGCAAGUGGCCAAAAAUUGGAGUAAAACGUCCGCGUGUGGAAGCCGAGCAAUAUGACUCCACCGCUCUAAAUAUCGAUCGUGGUACCAGGGCCAUUGAUCUCAGCGAUUUAUCAAUCGGCUCUAUCAUUCCUACCCCGACACCACCAAAAUUCUGGCUGUAUUUAUCGGGCUUUCAUCCACUCAUUUCGCCCGAUGAUGUGCAGAAGAUUGUGGCGCGUUGCUUAAAUCUUUCAUCACCGUGCGACGUGAUUCGUCUGGUACCAAAAGGGAAGGAUGUUUCAAACAUGUCGUUUGUCUCUUUCAAAAUUGGUCUCGAUCCGUCGCUGAAGGAACAAGCUUUGUUGGCGUCAACUUGGUUGGAAGGGCUCUCAUUUAGGGAGUUCAUGGAGCAACCAAAAAACUACCGCCGCUCGCUGACCAAUCAAAUGGACAUCAACCAGACUCCUAUGUAAAUCGCCGCAACUCGGACGGAUAUUCUACCAGCUCACCUCACCUGCUACUGGGACGCACCGAAAUUAGUCCAUUGGAAGCCCUGAAGCCCCCCAUCGCAGUCGAGCCAUUCCAGCCAGCGUUCAGCAGUCGUCCCGGUCCUGCGUGUGGGAGUGGUGUAAGGGUCUUCCAAAUCGAAACCGAAGGCAAGUACAUCUCCUGUAAUCAUUCAGCAGUCCCUGAUCCGUGCAUCGCUUCUAGACAAUUGACGACCGUGCCAGUAACGCUAGCUUCGCAAAAUGAUGAUGACGAUGUUAAUAGUGUGCCUACUAUCGAGAUGAUGCCACAUAUGAUCAGAAAUCCAUCUUGGCCUCCUUCAUCCAAUCGAUUGCAUCCACCGGGAUGCACGCCUGCCAGCCUCAUGGAAGCCCCUGAGCCCCUCGGAACGGUCGAGCCAUUCCAGCCAGCGACCAACAGUCAUCCCGGUCCCGUGUUCGAGUGUGGUGAAGGGGUCUUCCAAUCCGUAAACGCAGGCAAGUACAACAGUUUUGAGAACAAUUAUCUGCCGUUAACGUCCAUGUCUUGCAGUUGUCCUGCAGAAUCGCUAUCACGUUCGGACCUAGGUGGCAUUGCAGUUUCCUCCAGCAAUCAACUAACGAAUUCGUCUGUUCGAUCAAUGCCUCCGUCAUCACCGGGAUGCACGCCUGCCAGCCCAAUGGAAGCCCUUAGUCCCCUCGGCACAGUCGAGCCAUUCCUGCCAGCGACCAGCAGUCAUCCCGGUCCUGUGUCCGAGUGUGGUGUCAGGGUCUUCCAACCCGUAAAUGCAGGCAAGUACCAUAGCAUAAAGAACAAUACUCUCCCGUCAACGUUGUCUGCUUCCAGCCAUGAUUCAUCUGGCGAUAGUACAUACAAUGCUAUUUGGAUGUAUUACCAAAACGUCCGUGGCCUAAGGACUAGGAUAGAUGAACUGCUUCUAGCGACAAGCGAUUGCCGCUUCGAUGUGAUAAUCCUGACGGAGACCGGAUUGAACAACAGCAUUACCUCGCAGCAGCUGUUCGGUUCUGGUUUUAAUGUGUACCGCUGUGAUCGGAGCCCCGCCAAUAGCGAUAAAUCUCGAUUUGGAGGCGUUUUGAUUGCUAUUGCCCAGCGAUAUGCCAGCAGGGUUGUGCAUACGGUAUGUGGUCGAGGGUUGGAGCAAAUCUGUGUGUCGUCGACAAUCAAAGGUAGGAAAGUAUUGAUUUGUGGUAUCUACAUUCCACCGGAUAAAAGCCAAAACGUGAGUAUUAUCAACGAUCAUCUCUCCUCGAUGAAUGAGCUUUGCGAGAAAUGCUCACCCGGUGAUGCUGUAUUGGUAUGCGGCGAUUAUAAUCAGCCCCACAUGAGAUGGUGUUUAGCUGACAACUCUAUUCAAUGCAGUGUUUCUCUACUACCGGUAGCUAGCAGCACUCUGUUGGAUGGAAUGGAUUAUUUGUGCCUCGUCCAAAGAAAUGUUAUCCGCAAUCAGCUUGAUCGCACUCUCGACCUGGUUUUUUGUUCACCAGAUUGUGAAGCUGUGGUGAACUGCUCCUUGGAUCCGUUAUUGCCCGUUGAUUCUCACCAUCCACCACUCGAGCUUUCCAUACCCGCAUGCUUGGUACGUGAUGAUGGGACUGAACGACCUCCUGAAAACAGACCCUUGAACUUUCGUAAGCUAGAUUUCGUAGCCCUUUUGGAAUAUUUGCAAACUGUGGAUUGGACCGCUGUUACUAACUGCUACGAUGUCGACGAUAUGGCUGAAAGUUUUUGCACCGUCUUAAAUAACUGGCUUGUUUCAAAUGUCCCUCGAACCCGACCGCCAGUCUCGCCUGCCUGGAGCACUCCUUAUUUGCGGAAAUUGAGACGUGCACGCAAUGCAUGUCAACGGAAACUUCGCCACCAACGAACACCUAUCAGUAUUCGAAACUUUCAACGAGCUAGCAAUGCAUACCGUUUCAAAAACGCCUCUCUGUACAAGUCGUACGUUUUGCGUAUUCAAAUGGGCCUGAGGAGAAAUCCUCGUGGUUUUUGGCGUUUUGUUAACUCCAAACGGAAAAGUCAUGGAAUCCCAGCGAAUGUCUAUCUGAAUGAAGUACAUGCUGUUUCUGCGAAGGAGUCGUGUCAGUUAUUUGCCAAGCAUUUUUCAUCUAUAUUCGCUACAGACCCCGCUUCAACGUUGGAUAUUGUAAACGCAACCCGUGAUGUACCCGUUGACGUCGUGGAUAUUGGAGUGUUCAAUAUUAAUCCGGAGAUGGUCAAACUGGCAGCGAAAAAACUUAAACGAUCGUUUGUUCCAGGUCCCGACGGUUUACCUGCAGUUGUAAUUUGUCGCUGUAUCUGCUCUCUCGCACAGCCUUUGUGUGAUAUUUUCAACCGUUCGCUACAGCAGGCCAAAUUCCCGCGUAUAUGGAAGCAAUCGUUCAUGAUACCCGUUUUCAAACGUGGCGAUCGUCAUGAUGUUACGAACUACCGUGGUAUCACUAGUCUAUCAGCUGCUUCAAAACUGUUCGAAACUAUAAUGCGUGGAAUACUUCUCGAAGCUACAAAAAGCUACAUCUCUAAUGAUCAACACGGGUUCAUGCCAAAUCG